GCCCAUCGCCAAUCCUCCUCCGUAAUUCCUUUCGUUUAUUCUCGCUCGCUGCGAUGACUGUCACUUCCUCCUGCCCCCCGUCCGAGGGCAGCUCCCCUCUGCCCACGCCAUUGUUCUCCGCCCCAUCCACGCCGGAGACGGAGCGCGAUGAGGAUUGCUUUGACCUGGCCCUAGCUGCGCUGCCGGCCGUCAGUGCGGCCACUGCGCAAUACAUUCUCGUCACGGGGGGACUGGGCUACAUCGGCAGCCACACGGCGCUGGAGCUGCUCAAGGCGGGCUACAAUGUGCUGCUGGUGGACAACCUCAGCAACAGCUACGAGGAAGUAUACGACCGGAUCGUGAGGGCGGCCAAACAACACUACGAGCGGGAGGGCCGGGCCAGCCAAUGUCCGCAGGCGGAACUGGCGUGUAUGGACUAUCGCGACUCGCAAGCGAUGCGAACCCUCCUGGCCACGCACGCCAGCAGCAACAGCACAGACGAGAGCCCGAUCCCCGCGCGCUCCAACAUCACGGGCGUUAUCCACUUCGCGGCGUACAAGGAGGUCCACGACAGCCUCCGCAACCCCCUCAAGUACUACCAGAACAACAUCAGCGGGCUGGUGGACUUUGUGGCCCUGCUGGAUGAGCACGACAUCAAGACCUUCAUCUUCUCCUCCUCCGCCAACGUCUACGGCACCCUCUCAGCGACCCACCGCACCCUCCGCGAGGAGCACUGCGUGCACCGGCCGGAAGCCUACUACUCCGCGGACGGGCAGGAGCUGGUGCCCGUCGAGCAAGGCUGCACGGGGAUCACGAACCCGUACGGGCGCACCAAGUUCUUCGGCGAGGCGAUUCUGUCGGAUCUGGCGGCCUCGGACCCGAGCUGGACGAUCAUUGGGCUGCGCUACUUCAACCCAGUCGGAUGCGAUGCAUCGGGCCUCCUAGCUGAGGAUCCGCGGGGCACACCGUCGAACCUGGUGCCCGUGGUGGUGAAGGUGCUGACGGGGGAGCUGGCGGAGCUGUCAAUCUACGGCGACGACUGGACGACGCCGGACGGCACGGCAAUCCGCGACUUCAUCCACGUCUCGGACGUGGCGCGCGGCCAUAUCGCGGCGCUGGCGGCGGCGCAGGAGGGUCGCGUCGUGGAAUCGUUCCGCACCUUCAACCUGGGCACGGGCUGCGGCCACUCGGUUGCUGAGGUCGUCGCCACCAUGGAGCAGAUCAGCCACCAGCCGAUCCCGCGACGGACGGCGGAUCGCCGCCCGGGGGAUGUAGAAUCGUGCGUCGCGAUUGCCGACCGCGCCGCGGUGGAGUUGGGCUGGAAGGCGGAACGCUCGUUGCAGGAUGCGUGUCGCGACCUGUGGAAUCAUCUCCAGGCGGAGGGCCGGUUGAGCGGGACGGUGGUCCAGUCUUGAUGGGCGUUGUUGUUGUUGUUUUGCUUUGCUUUGCUUUGCUUUGCUACAGAAGAAUACCCCUAGAGAGCUGGCUGCGCUGAGCUGAGCUUGGACAGCUGAAGUCAGAUUAGGGCUGUGGAGAUUCGACCGUUUCUCGGAAAUGCAAGGGCCAUGAAAGUUUCCAGGCUGAGUGCGAUAGGGGAAUUCGUGCCACAGCCCGCAAUCGGUGGGGUUGGAGCUGUCACUUGGAAUGCUUGGUAGGUUUGUCGCUUGGUUCUUUUUUUUUUAUUUUGUGGUUCUGUUCGCCUGUCGCUUAUAAUUACUCCUUUUCUUUUCUAACGCCUGGAUUCUUGUCGAUGAUGCUUACCUUAGUUACCCGUACAUACAUGACUUGAUAGUAAUAUACC